CCCCACAAAAGCUAUAGGCUGACUUCGGAUGCUAAGAAAGCCAAGGUCACAGGAAUCGUGCAAGAGAAGCUGCUGAAUGACUACCUGCACCGGGUCUUUGCUGCACCUGAUCACACGGCCCCUGCAGCCGCCAGCAGAAAACCCCUGAACUUCCAGAACCUGCCAGAGCAUCUGGACCACCUGUUACAGGUGGACAGUGAGGAUGAGGACGGCCAGGGAAAAGACGAAGGGCGGCUUGGCCCUUCCACGGUGGUCCUGGACCACACUGGUGGCUUUGAGGGGCUUCUCCUGGUUGAUGAUGACCUCCUGGGGGUGAUUGGACACAGCAACUUUGGAACCAUCCGAUCUACCACGUGUGUGUACAAAGGAAAGUGGGUCUACGAGGUGCUCAUCUCCUCCCAGGGGCUCAUGCAGAUCGGUUGGUGCACCAUCAGCUGCCGCUUCAACCAGGAGGAGGGGGUCGGAGAUACACACAACUCCUAUGCCUACGAUGGCAACCGGGUGCGCAAGUGGAACGUGACCACAACCAGCUACGGCAAGGCCUGGGCUGCGGGGGACAUUGUGAGCUGCCUGAUUGACCUGGACGAAGGGACGCUGUCCUUCUGCCUGAACGGAGUGUCGCUGGGCACCGCCUUCGAGGACCUGUCCAGGGGCCUGGGCAUGGCCUACUUCCCAGCCAUCAGCCUCUCCUUCAAGGAGUCCGUGGCCUUCAACUUUGGCAGCCGCCCCCUGCGCCACCCCGUGGCGGGCUACCGGCCCCUGCAGGACCCACCUCGGGCCGACCUGGCGCGAGCACAGCGGCUGCUUGGCUGCUUCCAGGCGGUGCUCAAGGUGGACCUGGAUCCUGUGGAAGGACGGCUGGUGGAGAAGGAGAGCUCUGAGUGGCAGUUGCAGGGCCAGCCCACCGUCCUCCUGACGCUGGCCCACAUCUUCCACCGCUUCGCGCCACUCCUGCGCAUGGUGUACCUGGUAGAGGCUGUGCUCAUGGGCUUCCUGCUGGGCAUCGUGGAGGCGGGCCCCCCUGCCAGGGCGCAGUCAACAGUGCGCCAGGUCCUGGACCUCCUGUGGCUCUUCCUGGAGGACUUUGAGGUCCAGGAUUGCCUGAAGCAGCUGAUGCUGUCCCUGCUGCGACUGUACCGGUUCUCGCCCAUCGUCCCAGACCUGGGCUUGCAGAUCCACUACCUGCGGCUCACCAUCGCCAUCCUGAAGCACGAGAAGUCCCGAAAGUUUCUGCUCAGCAACGUCCUCUUCGACGUGCUCCGUUCCGUGGUCUUCUUCUACAUCAAGAGCCCCCUGCGCGUGGAGGAGGCCGGCUUGCGCGAGCUCAUUCCCACCACCUGGUGGCCGCUCCGCUCCAGCAGGGAGGGCAAAGAGAGCAAGGAGGAAGAGGAGGAGACCGCGGAGGAGCGGCGUCGGCGCCGGGCCUAUGAACGGGGCUGCCAGAGGCUGAAGAAGCGCAUUGAAGUGGUCGAAGAGCUGCAGGUCCAGAUCCUGAAGCUGCUGCUGGACAAUAGGGACGACAAUGGGGGCGAGGCGUCCCGGUACAUCUUCCUGACCAAGUUCCGGAAGUUUCUGCAAGAGAACGCGAGCGGCCGCGGGAACAUGCCCAUGCUCUGCCCCCCUGAGUACAUGGUCUGCUUCCUGCACCGGCUGAUCUCUGCCCUGCGCCACUUCUGGGACGAGUACAAGGUGUCCCACCCCCGCGCCUCCUUCAGCGAGGAGGCCUACGUCCCCCCUCAGAUCUUCUACAAUGGCAAGGUAGACUACUUCGACCUGCAGCGCCUCGGGGGUCUCCUCUCCCACCUUCGGAAAACCCUCAAAGACGAACUUGCCUCCAAGGCCAACAUCCUGAUUGACCCACUGGAGCUGCAGGCGGCCACCAUGGACGACCUGGACGAGGACGAAGAGCCCUCUCCCACUGUGGCCCAGCGCCCCAUACAGGCCUUAGCCAUAGGGGGGGCGCUGCCCCUGCCCAGGCCCGGCUGGCUCAGUUCCCCAACCCUGGGCCGAGCCAACCGCUUCCUCAGCACAGCGGCCAUGAGCCUCAUGACGCCCCGCCGGCCCCUGAGCACCCUGGAGAAGGUGAAGGUCCGCACGCUGAGCGCUGAGCAGAGGACCCGAGAGGACAUUGAGGGUAGCCACUGGAACGAGGGUCUGCUGGUGGGCCGGCCACCGGAGGAGCCUGAGCAGCCUCUGACAGAGAACUCGCUGCUGGAGGUCCUCGAUGGCGCCGUCAUGAUGUACAGCCUCAGCGUCCACCAGCAGCUGGGCAAGAUGGUGGGUGUGUCCGAUGACGUCAACGAGUAUGCGGUGGCUCUGAGGGACACUGAGGACAAGAUCCACCGGUGCCCCAAGUGGCGGAAGGAUAUUCUUGCAGAGUUGACCAAGAGCCAAAAGGUGUUCUCAGAGAAGCUGGACCACCUGAGCCGCCGUCUCGCCUGGGUCCACGCCACUCUGUACUCCAAGGAGAAGAUGCUGGACAUCUACUGGCUGCUGCGCGUCUGCCUGCAGACCAUCGAGCAUGGGGACCGCACUGGCGCCCUCUUCGCCUUCAUGCCCGAGUUCUACCUGAGCGUGGCCAUCAACAGCUACAGUGCCCUCAAGAAUUACUUCGGCCCUGUGCACAGCAUGGAGGAGCUCCCAGGCUAUGAGGAGACCCUGACCCGCCUGGCCGCCAUCCUUGCCAAACAUUUUGCUGACACGCGCAUCAUAGGCACCGAUACCCGAGACUCGCUGAUGCAGGCCCUGGCCAGCUACGUGUGCUACCCACACUCCCUGCGGGCUGUGGAGCGGAUCCCCGAGGAGCAGCGUGUCGCCAUGGUGAGGAACCUCCUGGCGCCCUAUGAGCAGCGGCCGUGGGCCCAGACUAACUGGAUCCUAGUGCGGCUCUGGAGGGGCUGUGGGUUCGGGUACCGCUACACACGGCUGCCACACCUACUGAAAACCAAGCCCGAGGAUGCCAACCUGCCCAGCCUCCAGAAGCCCUGCCCCUCCACCCUGCUGCAGCGGCACAUGGCUGACCUGCUGCGCCAGGGCCCUGACGUGGCACCGAGCUUCCUCAACAGCGUCCUCAACCAGCUCAACUGGGCCUUCUCAGAGUUCAUCGGCAUGAUCCAGGAGAUCCAGCAGGCAGCUGAGCGCCUGGAACGGAACUUCGUGGACAGCCGGCAGCUCAAGGUGUGCGCCACCUGCUUCGACCUCUCGGUCAGCCUGCUGCGGGUCCUGGAGAUGACCAUUACGCUGGUGCCCGGGACCUUCCUCGACUGGACCCAGCCCACCUCCGAGAUGCUACUGCGGCGGCUGGCGCAGCUGCUGAACCAGGUGCUGAACCGGGUGACGGCUGAGAGGAACCUGUUUGACCGUGUGGUCACCCUGCGGCUGCCUGGCCUGGAGAGCGUGGACCACUACCCCAUCCUGGUGGCAGUGACGGGCAUCCUGGUGCAGCUCCUGGUGCAUGGCCCAGCCUCAGGGACAGAGCGAGCAACUUCCGUGCUCCUGGCUGACCCCUGCUUCCAGCUCCGUUCCAUAUGCUAUCUCUUGGGGCUGUCAGAUCCCCCAGCGCCCGGCGCCGCCCUGCCUGCCCCUGACCGGAAGCGCUUCUCCCUGCAGAGCUACACAGAUUAUAUCAGCACUGAAGAGCUGGCCCAGGUGCAGCAGAUGCUGGCACACCUGACUGCCGCGUCUGCCCAGGCGGCGGCAGCCUCACUGGUGAGUGCAGCCACGCCCACGAGUGAGGAAGACCUCUGCCCCAUCUGCUAUGCCCACCCCAUCUCGGCUGUGUUCCAGCCCUGUGGGCACAAGUCCUGCAAAGCCUGCAUCAACCAGCACCUGAUGAACAACAAGGAUUGCUUCUUCUGCAAGGCCACCAUCGUGUCAGUGGAGGACUGGGAGAAAGCAGCCAGCAGCAGCACCACCUCCUCGGCCACCUAGCCCCGCCCCCUCGUGCUCCUCUUGCCUUGCACCAGUCCCCCCUCCCCGACCCUCAUCUUGCCUGCAUGUCGCCUCAGUGGUGGGAGCCCAGCAGAGGUCCUGAUUGUGCCUGAGCUUGCCUUUCAGUCAGGGCCACAGUGAGCAUUAAAUUAUUAUUCCAUACA